CAACCAACUUCACGUUGAUGCGGAAUUUAAAAUUAGCGCGACGCGGCAAUUAACAAAAUACAAAUUUAAUUCCAAAAAGGUUGUUAUUUAUUUGUCCAGAAUGUCGCAUAUGUUGCCCCGCCGGACCAGCGAGUUCCGUGGCGAUAUGCUGGACGAGCGAGGCACCGUGGAUAAACGACAGACUAGGACAAAUAAGCGCAGCGCAGCCACGCACACUCCGUCAUCCAGCCAGGCAAUUCCCAAAAGAUCCUCGGCGUCGCGUCUGCCGCAGCCGUUGAACUUGGAGCGCGAUCGGGCCAGUCAAAUGGGCGUGACGCCCAAGCGAGUCCACCGAUUUGUGCCCUCCACCGCGGAGCGCGCUGUUCCCCUGCACUCCGACAAGAAAUGGGUGGCGGAGCGGGCACAGCAGAUACUGGAAUACCUCAACGCCGUCCAGCAUAGCGAGGGACCCAUCAGCGGACUCAUCUCGGAUCUUUUUAGCCGGGCCGGCGGACUGCGGCACAUGACCAUCAAGCAGUUCGUGGCCAUUCUCAACUAUUUGUUCCAACACAUUUGGCGCAACAAGGUGACCGUGGGCCAGAACCACGUCGAGGACAUUACCAGCGCCAUGCAGAAACUCCAAUAUCCCUAUCAGGUAAACAAAUCCUGGCUAGUGUCGCCUACAACCCAGCAUUCCUUCGGCCACGUGAUCGUCCUGCUGGACUUUCUCAUGGACUUUGCACCACCUCUGCCCUCCGCGGAUGAGCUGGACGAAGAGUUUCCCUUCAUGGAGACCACCGAGCAGCCCAGCUCGUAUCUGAACAGCAUGCACUGCGAAACGAUGGCCACCAUGUCCACCACCCAGGUGCAUGCCGUGCAGCUGGACGAGGAGGUCAACGCACUGCUCUUCACUGAGGCCAGCAAAUGCAUUGUCCUGUGGGAUCAGGAACUCUCCAAGGAGGAGGCCAUGUUGCAGGCGAAGACCAGCGAUCAGGUGAUUAGCAAGAAGUGCGAUUUGCCGGAUCGCGAAGCCCUCGACCAGAAGAUCGUCGAACUAAGGGGGAAGUUGCAGCAUCUAGAAGAUAAGCUGCAGAAUCCCAGCGACGACAAGAAACUAGAGAAACUGGAGCGGCUCAACAAGGAGCAGGAUAAGCUCAGCCAACAGCUGACUGGCGUCCAGGAGCAACUCAACGAGCAGAUAAACGCUUUCGGCCAGCUGUCCGCCAACGUUGAGGAAAAACAGGCGGAGAUUAAGAAGCAAUUGAAGUACGAGCAGCGCCUGGAGCAGGCUGUAAACAGACAGAAGUACUCCGCCCAGCAGCUGAAAACGCUUCAGAUGAAGUGCAACGAUAUGGAGAACUACUCCAAGGCCUACGAGCGCCAGGUGAAGGAGGUUUCUGAGCUGGAGCUUCACCAGCAGGUGAUGCUUUCGCGGGCCAAGCAAAAGCAGCUGGACUCCGUCGAGGCUUUCAACUCGCAUGCCCGCCACUUGGGCAUGGACCCGGUGAUUUGCGGCCUGGUGAAGGGCGGCGGUGGCCAGCCGUUGGACUUAACGCUGCCGCUUAAUCCCAAGCAGGAAGACAUCGCUGAGCGGACCCAGUGCCUCGAGUUACUGGGCAAUCUUCUUCAUCAGCAGCGCCAAGAGAACAUCGAGCGGUGUCAGAUGCUGGAGCAGCAGAUAACCAAGUUGAAGAACGAUACCCUGGAUGUGGACACGGAAAUCGAAACCCUGAGUACACACCUGAGGGCGCAGGCACAUCGAUUGAACAAAAUGGAGACGGGCUAUCGCACCAAGCGCGAGAUGAAGAUGCAGCACCAGCAGCAGCUGCUGGAGAAUCAGUACGAUCAGAUCGCCCGCCUGGAGGAGCUGGAGAAGCAGCAGGCCCAGGCGCUGGAGAAGCUUAAGAUCAGCGAGCAGAAGAACGAAAAUCUAGUCGCCGCCGCCGAGCAGUAUCAGGAGCAGGAUCACGAAGUCCGCAACGCAGCCCUCGACGACUGCGAGCAAAAGCUGGCCGAAGCGGAGAAGGAGCUGGAGGCCCUGGAAUCCAAGCUAACUUCCAGCCAGGCUAAGCUGUCCGAUGCCGAGCAACGUGUGCUCUCCGCCCCACUGCCCUCCUUUGAGCCAGUGAUGCAGGCCAUCAAGAAGCGCUGAUGCGGUUCUAUCACUUUGUUAUACAGGUGUUAAGUAUUUAUUAAAAAACCGGUUUUAAAUGAA